CUGUUGGCCACGGAGGCCCGGACACCAUCAACCAUCACCAACCAAAGACCAUCGGCAAACGGUUCGGUCGGCUUUAUAUUCAACUGUUCGUAAUCUUCGCGCUAAGUGAAUCUCCGAAAGCGGAGCCAUGCGCUUUGAGCAAGAGAGCUGGUGAUAGAUGUUUCCAUAUACACCGUUAGUGCCGUCUUCGCCAAAUUUUCAGCCAUGAGGUUGGCUUUGACAUUAACUGCAAUACUGGUGGCUGUCUGUGUUCUGGAAGCUGCUCGUGCUCAUCCGGGGCCAAAAUCUCCAGGCGGUGGACCAGGCCGCGGACCAGGUCGUGACCCUAAACCGACUCGUCGUCCGGGAUUCGGGCCGCUCAGAAGAGUCAAGAGAGCCAAAAAGUACUUCGGCAAGCUGUGUCAGUCUGAGAACGACUGCAGGCGUCGCCAUUGCUGUGUGCGAGACGUGAACGUGGCUAGGGAUGGCAGUGUGGCUUUCAGCAAGAAAGGUGAAUGCGUGCCCGUACGCCUGCUGACAAACAGGAGGAGGUUCAGACUGAAAGUACUGGAUCUCGGGGCCAGGUUCAAACCUGACUUCGCCCUGGAAAGAGCUGUAUCCAGGCCGCCCGGGGCCGACCUCCUAUUUAUCUGUCCAGCAUUUUCACUAGAAGAAUUCCGAUGGCGACCGCGCCCUCCUCCAAAGAAAAGGGGCCUGAAGUAUGGCAGGAGAGGCGUCAGUGCUUAUUCUUUGCUUCCUGAUGUGCUGGGACCGGAUGUAGCCAUUGCCCGAAUUCGGAGACGCCGUCGACCUUGUUUCAGCCCUGGACCAAGAGCAGGCCCAGGUUCUGGCGACCAACCGGACUCUGGCUUAGGAUCUGGCGGCUCUGGCUUCGGUUCUGGUUCUGGCUUCGGAUCUGGCUUCGGCAAUGGACCGUUUCCUGGGUCAGGACCUGGACCUUGUCGCAGCCCUGGGCGUGGACCUGGAGGUGGACCCGGGCCAGGACGUGGGCCAGGACGUGGACCUGGCGGUGGACCUGGACGUGGUCCCGGAUUCGGCCCUGGGCCUGGAUUCGGCCCUGGAUUUGGAUCUGGGUUAGGAUCCGGAUCUGGUGAGGGGCCUGGACCUGGACGUGGACCAGGAUAUGGACCAGGACGUGGACGUGGCCCUGGACCUGGAUUCGACCAUGGACCUGGAUUCGGCCAUGGACCUGGAUUCGGCCCUGGCGCUGGGUUGGGAUCUGGAUCUGGUGCAGGACCUGGACCUGGUGCAGGAUAUGGGCCGGGACCAGGUCGUGGGCCGGGUCGAGGACCGGGAGGUGGACAGGGAGGCGGACCAGGACGUGGACCGGGAAGUGGACCUGGAGGUGGACAGGGAGGUGGACAGGGAGGUGGACCGGGACGUGGACCUGGAGGUGGACCUGGCCCUGGCCCUGGAGCUGGACCUGGGUCUGGAGCUGCUGGAUCUGGGUCUGGCCCCGGACCAGGCCUUGGAGCGGGUUCCGGCUCAGGUGCUGGUCAAACACCAUCCGGUUAAUUAAACGUAUGGCCCAAAAUUGUGAUUGUCGCUUCCAGUAGGACUUUGAUGAAUCAGGCGGAUAAGACUGAUGAACUAUAGUGAAUAGUGAUGGUGUCCUGGCAUUGUGAACUAUUGUGAUCACGUUUUGUAUCUAUUGAGAACAUACACAUACAUGUAAUUUUAAACUCUUCAAGUAAGUUCCUUGCAAGUCCGGCCACAAGAUUGCACAUGGAGCUGUGCUUGCUGGAGUUCUUUGAAAGCAUAAUUUUUUAUGCUCGUGGCCUUUACACAUCCCUGCUGCCGGACUCAUUAGGUGCAUGCACGCAGAGAAGCACUGCACAAAGCCCAACCAUGUUUCCUACCAACUUAUAUAAUGUACUUGUAAUAAUGUAAUGCAGAUUGAGUAAUAAUGCAAUUACUAUUCUAUUAUGGUGUAAUAGACUCCAGUGCCCUGUUUCCAAGACCCCCAAUUCUCAUACCCCACCCGUUUUACGCCAGGGACGUCAAUGUACGCGACAUGUAUUUCAACUAUACUAGUUAGAUGUACAAUGUACAUUGUAAAUCGCGUACAGUGUAUCUACAUGUACCUUCACCCUUUA